CAGCUAUCUGCCAGGGAGUUUCUUCAGGGGGUGAAGAAAAGCCUGUGAACUGUUGGGAGAUUCUAAAUCUUUCCUUGAGAUGUCAGCCAAGAGCUUCAGCAUAGUCACAGCUGCUGCAAUGCUUAUUCUCUUCCAAAAGACACAGCUCUCAGUGCAAGCACCGUUAAAUGGAUCUAAGUGGUCUUACAUUGGUCCUGAUGGGGAGAAAACUUGGCACAAGAAGUAUCCAUUUUGUGGAGGAGUAUUCCAGUCUCCAAUAGAUUUUCAUAAUGAUAUUCUCCAAUAUGAUACCACUCUCUUACCUUUAGAGCUUGUAGGCUACAAUGUGUCCUCCACUGACCACUUUAUGUUGACCAAUAAUGGUCAUUCAGUAAGAAUGAGUCUGUUUCCUACCAUGCACAUCAGAAACCUCCCUUUCCAAUACACUGCAACUCAGCUUCACCUUCACUGGGGAAACAGGAACAAGCCAGAAGGCUCAGAGCACACAGUCAGUGGGAGGCAUUUUGCAGCAGAGCUACAUAUUGUACAUUAUAACUCUGACAAAUAUCCCGAUAUAACAGCAGCAACAGACAAAUCAGAUGGGCUAGCAGUUUUGGCUAUUCUCAUUGAGAUAGGCCCAUUCAAUCCAUCCUACGAAAAGAUCUUCAGUCAUUUCCAGAACGUGAAAUACAAAGACCAGGUAGCUCUAGUCCCAGGUUUUGACAUCCAAGAACUGCUUCCUGACCAACUGGAUGAGUAUUAUCGCUAUGAAGGAUCCCUGACCACUCCUCCUUGUUACCCUAGUGUUCUCUGGACAGUUUUCAGACACCCGGUAAAAGUUUCACAAGAACAGCUGCUGGCACUGGAAACAGCUCUGUACUGCACACAACCCAAUGACCCUGCACCCCUGGAAAUGGUUAAUAACUUCAGGCACAUUCAGGAGUUUGAUGAAAGGCUGGUUUCUGUCUCCUUCCGUCAAGGUAUUGUCCUUUCAGUUGUGUUAGCCAGUGUUCUUGGAGUUAUCAUCAUGCUUGCAGUAGCCUUUUGGCUGCUUAGGAAGAAGAGUUGCAAAAAGGAACGAGAAGACAACAGAAGAGUCAUCUACAAGCCAGCCUUUGACAAAGAGGAUGACAACACCUCUAAAGUAUGAAUUCCUACUCUGCCACAGCAGUCUCUUUUCAUUCAUGGCAUCAAGAGAAGUUUGCCUUGGGCAACAUGUUUCUUGUCUCCAGCCAGUUAUAAGCCUUGGAUGCACCUUUAAAACAAAGCAGCCAGAACACCCUGUGGUAGUCCUUGCCUACCUGAACCAAACCAGUUUUCUCCUAAGCAUGAAAAGCAGUCAGAGAACUUUUUAGUUUUUGUGUCAAAUAUGACAAAAUGUCACUGACAUGAAGAAAGGUCCAAAAACUACACACCUGUUAAAGUUUGUCCUAAAUU